UUGUCAGUGCAGUGCAUGAGUAAGCAUUUGUUGUUAUGUUGUGAAAGUAUAUGAGCUCUUUUCAGCUGCUAAUGCGACGCCUUUUUCUGCAUCCUGUCAUGUGAUUUCCUGGGAGCUCUCAAGUUCUGCUACACAAACUGUCAGUCAAUAAUUAGAAUGAUUUUCCACUUGCCAAAAAGUGAGCCGUACCAUCAGGAGUUGAAGAACAACACAGACUCAUCUAUGAGCCUCUCUGGGGUCUCGGCCUAAGUGUUCAUGUGAAUGCAAAGGAGGCUGUUGCAAUGCAGAUUGCGGAAGUAACUGCCUUGUAGAGCUCUAAGGUGCAGCAUUGGUUGGGAUGUUUGUUGACUUGAAGCAAGAAGAUUGAUGUUUGAACAUUUUUUCAAGAGGAAGUGCAUGAAAACAAGAUGGAGGAGCACAAUUCUGUCAGCUUCUUGAGAUGCCUGUCAGAGGAGAGCUCUCAGUCGUCUGACUCCUAUGAGUACUAUCAGACUGAGAUAUUUGAUCAGCUGCCCAGCGUCCAGGCCCUCCGACCGGUCCAGGCCUACCAGGGUGGCCCAGAGCUGGGGAAGAGGGUCAGCCAUGGCCAGCUGUCCCCGGGACCCAGAGACAAAACGUCUACACAGCCGCUCAGGAACCUCGUCCUGUGUAUUCAGGGGAAAAGAAAUGCCAGGGACAGAAGGAAUAUGCAAAGAAGCAAAAUUAGUUGCUGGGAGUCAUGGAGGCGGAGUCAGAACAUCGCCACUAAGAGGGUAUGGGCACAGAUGGGAGGAGCUCUAUCAGGCUUGUUACCAUGGCAGCACACUCUUCACACCAUCGAAGGCAGGUUUGGAUUCGGCGUGAAGUCUUACUUUGUGUUCCUCAGAUAUCUGAUUUACCUGAACCUCCUUCACUGCGCUCUUAUCUCAGGCUUCAUUCUGGGGCCUACAGCAUUUUAUGGCAGGGGCAACAGCAGUAAACCUCUGAGGUUUGGAGAGGAUGACUCUGUUCUGGAUUUCUUCCUUGGAUCGGGGUACCUGGAUCGUUCUCCUGUCUUCUUGGGUUUUUAUACUCCCGGUUCCCUGAAUAAGCCGUGUCUGAAAACACCUCUGUUGUACUUCGCUGGAAUCCUCACCAUCCUCUUCCUCAGUCUCAUUAUGGUGGUCCACAGGACGAUAGUUGGCUACAAGCACACCUGGAUGCUCGGGAGACGUUACAGCACGAACAUGAGCUACAAGAUCUUCUGUGGUUGGGACUUCACCAUCCAGGACCCCAUCGCUGCUACUCUCAAACGCAGCUUCAUCAGAAAUGAUCUCAAG